CGUUCGUCCACGAUCCACUCCGCUCCUCACCCGCAAGUCGGCCAAUUCAACUUCGACACUCUCCCUGUCAGACGCCUCAUUCACUUUCUCCACUGGUAUCCAGAAAGCCAACCAUCACCAUGGCGAAGAAGACUAUUGUCUCGCAGCAGGUCGUCGCCAAUGUCGACGUCGCGCAGGCCGAGGCGCCGCGCUUCGAGAAGGUCUACUGGACCAAGGAGCCCCAUCUCCGCAAGCUCUACUUCUCGACAGUCUUCCUCAUGGUCGCCUCGGCCACCACGGGCUACGACGGCAUGCUCGUCAACACGUCCCAGCAGAUGAAGCGGUGGAAGGACUUCUUCGGCGACGGCGUCUCGGACAACAACAAGCUCGGCAUCCUCAUCAACAUGUUCAACAUCGGUUCCAUCAUAUCCUUCUUCAUCACCCCCUAUGUCGCCGAUACGUACGGCCGCAAGGUGGCCAUCGUCAGCGGCUGCUUGUUCAUGAUCGUCGGCGGUGCCAUCACCGCCUUCUGCAACGGCUGGGGAAUGUACGUCGGCGGUCGAUUCAUCCUUGGUUUCGGCAACUCUCUGGCACAGAUGGCGUCGCCCCUCCUUUUGACCGAGAUCUGCCACCCUCAACACCGUGGCCCUGUCACUGCCAUCUAUAAUUGCUUGUGGAAUUUGGGCGCGCUCGUCGUCGCCUCCAUUGGAUGGGGAACCUCGUACAUAAACAACGAUUGGUGCUGGCGUUCAAUUACCUUCAUUCAAAUCGUGCCGUCCGUCAUCCAGCUGAUCGGCAUCUGGUGGGUCCCGGAAUCGCCGCGCUUUCUCAUCAACAAGGACCGCUCCGAAGAUGCGCUCGCAGUCCUGGCCAAGCACCACGCCGGCGGCGAUUUUAACAAUGCCACAGUCCAGUUCGAGUACCGCGAGAUGAAGGAGACAAUCACAAUGGAGAGAGAUGCCGAAAAAACGACGAGUUACGCCGACUUCUUCCGCACCAAGGGUAACCGGUGGCGCCUCGCCAUCAUCAUCUCCCUCGGUGUCAUCUCGCAAUAUUCAGGCAAUGCGUUAUUCAGCAAUUACAUGGAUGCAAUCUACGAGGGCGCCGGUAUUACUGAACAAAAUCAGAAGCUCGCCAUCUCGACUGGCAAGUCGAUACUCGAUUUGUCGUGCUCCAUCGGGGCCGCGCUGACCGUGGACUAUUUCGGCCGCCGCCCGCUCUUUCUCGUUGCAAUCAGCGGUAUGGUAGGCUCCUUCGUCUGCUGGACAAUCACUGGCGCUGUGUUCGAAAACUCAGGCGCCACGAACCAGGGUUCUGGUUACGCCCAGCUGGUCUUCAUCUGGAUCUUUGGCAUCUUCUACGACAUUGGCUUCUCUGGCUUGCUCGUGGCCUACGCCCUCGAGGUCCUUCCAUUCCAUUUGCGUGCUAAAGGAAUGAUGAUUAUGAACAUCACUGUUCAAGCCAUCCUGGCCAUCGGAAACCAAACAAACAAGGUCGCGUGGGACAACCUCCCGAACCACUGGAACUUCAUGCUGUUCUACACUCUCUGGGACUUUUGCGAGCUCGUCUUCGUCUACUUCUUUUACGUUGAGACCAAGGGCCCGACGCUCGAGGAGAUCUCCAAGAUCUUUGACGGCGACGCCGCCAUUGGCCAGGUCGACCCGGCCCAGAUCGAGAAGGAGAUUCACGCCGACCACCACGAGGACGACAUUAACACGCGUGCCGCGCGCAGCGAGAAGACGGCCGCCUGAGGGCUUUUUUUUGCGGCUUACGGUCGAUACUGAUUGAAAAAGUGAAAUACACAACAAAAAAAACUCCCUCGUACACUUCGAACCCCUCUCCCCUUUUGUAAUGCCCCGCUUGGAUUCUUCUGAUCUAGCUUUUGUGUGGUGGGAUGUAAUGCUGGCCCGACGCUUCGGUCGGGCUUAGGCUUGGAAACGAUUAUGAUACCAGAGGUUUCUCGCGACGAGUCGUGUGUCGCUCUCCUCCUUGCAGACAGGGCGGCUUUCACCUCGACUGAGCGGCGCCUUAUCCCCCCCCCGAACACUCUCGUUUCCCCAAGUAGCC